AAGUAAGAGGUAAAAGUGAUUUUUUAAUAGAAAUGAGUAAGGGAUUGUGGGACGCAAUUUUUUUGAAACGUCUAAAUCUUUUUGGGACGGAAGAGGGAGUAUUUAUGAAAUGAACCGUGACUCCCUCCAUAAAUCUCAUGCACCACCUUUUAUUUUUGCUUCAACUCCAUUCCCAAACUGCAGAACAAGAAAUCAUAUGGAUACUCUCCCUUUGUCGUCCUCCACAAACUAUGACCUCAUCUUCCCAGCCCUCGCUUGCUUCAUUUCCGCCUUAAUCUUCUUCUUCUUCUCCAGAAAAACGAUUUCCAAAAAGAAGAAGCUCAACCUCCCGCCCGGACCUCCCGGUUGGCCGGUGGUCGGGAAUCUGUUCCAGGUGGCUCGCUCCGGGAAACCGUUUUUCCAGUACGUGAGGGACCUCAGGGCCAUUUAUGGGCCCAUUUUCACUCUCCGGAUGGGGACCCGAACCAUGAUCGUUAUCAGUAGCGCCGAGCUGGUCCACGAAGCGUUGAUCCAGAAGGGCCAGGUUUUCGCGUCUCGGCCCAGGGAAACCCCGACCCGGUCCGUCUUCAGCUGCAACAAGUUCACCGUGAACGCCGCGGUCUACGGCCCGGUCUGGCGGUCUCUGAGGCGGAACAUGGUGCAGAACGUGCUCAGCUCCUCCCGUCUGAAGGAGUUCCGGCGCGCGAGGGAGGCGGCGAUGGACAAAAUGGUGGCCCGGAUCCGGGCCGAGGCGGCGGCCAACGGCGGAGCGGUCUGGGUGCUGAAAAACGCCCGGUUCGCCGUUUUCUGCAUCUUGCUCGCCGUGUGUUUCGGAAUCGAGAUGGACGAGGAGACGAUCGAGGCCGUCGAUCAGAUGAUGAAGAAGGUCUUGAUCGUUCUCGAUCCGCGGGUGGACGAUUACCUCCCGACUCUACGGCCGUUCUUCUCCAAACAGAUCAGAACGGCGAUGGAGGUCAGAGCAGAGCAGAUCGAAACGAUCGUCCCGUUGAUCGAGAAGCGGCGCCGCGCGCUGCGAAACCCUAAUUCGGACGAAACGGCGUCGUCCUUCUCCUACCUGGACACGCUAUUCGAUCUCAAAAUCGAAGGGAGGAAGGCGGCGCCAACCGAUGUGGAGAUGGUGACGCUCGUCUCCGAGCUCCUAAACGGCGGAACCGACACGACGGGAACCGCCGUCGAGUGGGCGGUGGCGCGGAUGAUCGAAAAGCCGGCGAUUCAAUCGAGGCUCUCCUCGGAAAUAAAAACCGCAGUCAGGGAGCGAAAGGUCUGCGAGAGCGAUCUGGAGAAGAUGCCGUACCUGAGCGCCUUCGUGAUGGAGCUACUACGGAAACACCCCCCGACGUACAUGUCGCUGACCCACGCGGCGAUCGAACCGGCGACACUGGGCGGGUACGACAUCCCAACGGAUUGCAACGUCGAGAUCUUCCUGCCGGCGGUAUCGGAGGACCCGAAGAUAUGGUCAAACCCGGAAGAAUUCGACCCGGAGAGAUUUCUCUCUGGCCGGGAGACGGCGGACAUCACCGGGGUCACGGGGAUCAAGAUGAUCCCGUUCGGGGUCGGCCGGAGAAUCUGCCCGGGGUUGAAUAUGGCGAUGUUGCAUGUGAGCCUGAUGAUCGCCCGGCUGGUUCAGGAAUUCGAAUGGUCCGUUUACCCGGAAAACGGCCAAGUGGAUUUCAGCGAGAAAUCGGAGUUCACUGUGGUGAUGAAGAACCCUCUCAGAGCCAAGAUCGAGCAAGCAAAAAGGGUAUAAUUAAUUUGUGGGGUAUUACGGUUUUAAUCUACUUGGCAUAUGUGUGCACGUGUCAUUAAUUAAUAUUAAAUUCUACCUGCCCCAUUUUGUACCUUUAAAAAAAUAUCUGUUAAUGAGUGAUUAGUAUGGGGUGGUAAGGCAUAAUUUGCAAUGGCAUUUUGAUUAUGACUACGGUCUCUAUUAUAUCCAUCUGUUAACAUUUAUGAUGUGUUGUUUAAAGAUGUACUAAGAAAAUUAUUUUAUAAUU